UCUUCUCUCUCUCUCUCUCUCUCUCACUUUCUCAUCAUUUUCUCUCGUUUUCUCUCCUAUUUUUCCGUCGUUUUCUCGCUUCCCUAAAUGUUAAUAGUGUACGACAUUUCACAGUGACCACCACGCAUAAAAGAAAAACCACUGACCUCCAUUUUUUUCUUACUUUGUCUUAUUCCUUUCCGUCGUUUCGUUUCCCCAGAAAACCAUGACGACGAAUCCGAUCAACAAAGAACCGGUGAACGAAUCUCGAAACGACGAAGUACAACAGACUGAUGAUGAUGAUGAUGACGAUGACGAGCAGCUUCCUUUUUCACUAACCUUGGGUUCAAAAUCGUAUUCCUCUAAGAUCCGUCCGAAGACGUCACCGGUUCGUAAAGCUCCACCACCGGAGUUCGCUGGACCUAUGACAACGUGGCCAACACCUGCUGAUUUAUUGGCGGCGCGUUCUAUGCCGCCUUAUCCCACUCCGCCGCCGCAUCUGAUACCGUCAUGGAUGAGUGACUAUCCUGAUCACCAGAGACCUAAUCCGCCUCAGCUGUUUACUAAUUUCUUCCCGCCGUCAAGUUUCGCUCCUACUCCGUCAAAUCUAACUACUCCGCCGGCGAUCAGACCAGUAACCGCUUCCGUUCGUGGUUACAGAUCACAAUCCACCGCAAAUCAGAAAUCCGGUACGAUUUCUCCGCCGUUUCCUUGGGCGACUAAUUACCGUGGGCAGAUACAAAGCCUUGAGUAUCUCGAAUCGAAACAGAUCACAACCAUCACCGGAGAGGUACAAUGUCGACACUGCGAGAAUGUUUAUCCGGUAAGCUACAAUCUAAAGGAGAGAUUCGCGGAGGUUGAGAAGAUUUUCUUAAAUAGGAAGAGGAUAAUGAGGGAAAGAGCUCCUUCGAUUUGGCUGAAUCCAGAACAACGGAGAUGUGAGCUUUGUGGCCGUGAAAAAGCUGUGAAACCUGUGAUUGCUGAACGGAAAAGUCAGAUUAAUUGGUUGUUUUUGCUUUUGGGACAAACGUUGGGUUUUUGUACAUUGGAACAGCUCAAGAAUUUCUGCAAACAUUCAAAGAGUCAUCGUACUGGCGCUAAAGAUCGUGUUCUUUACUUGACGUAUUUGGGUCUCUGCAAGAUGCUUCAGCCUAAAUGUGACCUCUUUACCCGUGACAGUACCGGCUCUAAACGGUGAGCUGAUUUCUAUCUUCUUCUUCUUCCUUGGUUUGAUUCAAUUUCAGUUUACAUUUGUGGAAGAUCUUUUGAAACUUUGAUUCGGUUUUUUUUUUACGAUAUUUGGACUGUUGCUUUUAGGAGAAUAAUUGUGCAAUUGCAUUGCAUGGAUUAUCUUUUGUCGUUUUCUGCUUCGUUGUAUUCGGGACUUUGGUUUAAUAUCUCAUUAAUCUAUAUUAUGGUUUUAUAUA